AUGGUUCUCUUGAAAUGGCUCUUGUGCCAAUUGGUACUCUUUACUGCUCUAUCGCAUGCGUUUACUGAUUAUCUUUUGAAGAAAUGUGCGCAAUCUGGAUUUUGUCACAGAAACAGGGUUUAUGCUGAAAAUAUUACCAAAUCCCAUCGCUCAUACUACAAAUUGGACACAGGGUCUAUUGCCCACGAUCCUUUACAGAAUGUCCUUCAUGCUACCUUAGUAAAGACCAUACCAAGAUUGGACGGCGAUGAUAUAGCCAUUGAGUUUCCGUUUUCGCUCUCUUUUUUACAGGAUCACUCAGUGAGGUUUGUUAUAGACGAGAAGGAGAGGACGGUUGCAAACAACAGUGGGCUAUCCAUUUCCCCACAACGAUACAAUAAAACUUGGCAGUACGCAUUCGACGAAAAGUUUCGCAACAAGGUGCUGAACAAGACCAACUCUCCAGAACUACACUUUUUCAAGCAAGAACACAUCGCAAAUUCGCUUUGGUCGAAAUUAUCGUCAUUUUUAUCACUUUCAAACUCCACUAGGGACAUUGUUCAUCUUCAAAAUGGUAAUAUAUCUUUGGAUAUUUUUACUGAGCCCUUCCAAUUGAAAAUCUACUUGCAAAAUACGCUAAAGCUUAUUGUAAAUGAGCGAAGUUUCUUGAACAUUGAGCAUCACAGGACCAAGCAAGAAAAUUUUGCGCAUAUACUCCCAGAAGAAAUUACGUUCAAUAUGUUUAAAGACGACUUCUUGUAUUCAAAGCAGGAUACUUUACCUUUGGGGCCAGAAUCAAUUGCAUUAGACUUCUCCUUCGUCGAAUCUACUGAUGUCUACGGUAUACCGGAACAUGCGACUUCAUUGCGGCUGCUGGAUACUUCACAAAGUGAGCCCUACAGACUUUUUAACGUUGAUGUUUUUGAAUACAACAUCGGGACCACCCAACCAAUGUAUGGUUCUAUCCCAUUUAUGUUUUCAUCUUCGGCCACAUCUAUCUUCUGGGUCAAUGCCGCUGACACCUGGGUAGACAUUAAGUACGAUGCUCAGCUUAACAAAACAAUGACACAUUGGGUCUCAGAGAAUGGUGUCAUAGAUGUUGUUGUAUCCCUAGAGCAAGACAUCCCCACCAUCAUCAACAGAUUUACCGAUUUGACUGGCAGACCCUUUUUACCACCAAUAUCUUCCAUAGGGUACCAUCAAUGUAGAUGGAAUUAUAACGAUGAAAUGGAUGUUCUUUCUGUGGAUUCUCAAAUGGAUGCACACAGGAUUCCCUACGAUUUCAUUUGGUUAGACUUGGAGUAUACAAACGACAAGAAGUAUUUUACAUGGAAAUCAAAUUCUUUUCCGAAUCCAAAGAGGCUUCUAUCGAAAUUAAAGAAGCUAGGAAGAAACCUUGUUGUGCUGAUCGAUCCUCAUUUGAAGAAAGAUUACGAAGUUAGUGACAGAGUAAUCAGCGAAAAUGUGGCAGUCAAGGAUCACAACGGAAAUAAUUAUAUAGGUCAUUGCUGGCCAGGUAAUUCUAUAUGGAUUGAUACCAUGAGCAAUUAUGGCCAAGAAAUUUGGAAAUCUUUCUUCAAAAAAUUUAUGAAUCUGCCAGUCAAUCUAACAAAUUUGUUCAUUUGGAAUGAUAUGAAUGAGCCUUCAAUUUUCGAUGGUCCAGAAACCACAGCUCCAAAAGACUUAAUCCACGAUAACCACAUUGAGGAAAGAUCUGUUCACAAUGUUUAUGGAUUAUCGGUACACGAAGCGACUUACGAUGCGAUAAAAUCUAUCUACUCCUCAUCUGAUAAGCGUCCCUUCCUUUUAACAAGGGCUUUUUUCGCUGGCUCUCAACGUACUGCUGCCACAUGGACUGGUGAUAAUAUGGCCAAUUGGGAUUAUUUGAAGAUUUCUAUCCCUAUGGUUUUAUCUAACAAUGUGGCUGGCAUGCCAUUUAUCGGAGCCGACAUAGCUGGAUUUGCUGGUGAUCCUACGCCUGAAUUGAUUGCUCGUUGGUAUCAAGCAGGUUUAUGGUAUCCAUUCUUUAGAGCGCACGCACAUAUAGAUACCAAGAGAAGAGAGCCAUAUCUGUUCAAUGAACCCUUGAAAUCCAUUGUCCGUGAUACCAUUCAAUUAAGAUACUUCCUAUUACCCACCUUAUACACUUUGUUUCAUAAGGCAAGCACUACUGGUUUUCCUAUAAUGAGUCCAAUGUUUAUAGAACAUCCUGAAUUUCCUGAGCUGUACGGCAUUGAUGACCAAUUUUACUGGGGUGAUUCAGGUUUGUUGGUCAAGCCUGUCACCGCGAGGGACCAAUUGGAAACGGAAAUGAUCUUCCCACCCGGAAUCUUUUAUGAUUUUGCAUCUUUGAAUUCUUUCAUAAAUGAUGGUACAGAUUUGAUGAAAAAGAACAUUACCACACCAUUAGAUAAGAUUCCGUUAUUUAUUGAAGGAGGCCAUAUUAUUGCCAUGAGAGAAAAGUAUAGGAGAUCCUCAAAGUUGAUGAAAAACGAUCCAUAUAUCAUAGUCAUAGCCCCAGAUGCAGAAGGUCGUGCUGUUGGUGAUCUUUAUGUUGACGACGGAGAAUCUUUUGGCUACCAAAGAGGUGAAUACGUAAAAACUCAGUUAGUCUUAGAGAACGGACAUAUCUUAAAAAACGAUCCAAUUCAUAUCCCUGAAAAUUUGGUUGACAUUCACAGCGAUACUUUGAGAAAUACCAAUAUUGAAAAAAUUAUCAUUGCGAAGAACGAACUACAACAAAAUUUAAAACUGAAAAGUUACGUUGCGGUCAAACAAGAUGGCAAAGAAUAUUCAUUCCCCUCUAAAUUAUCAUAUGAGAAUGACCAUAAGAUUGUUAUUUUAAACCCAAAACUUGAUAUAACUGAAAGUUGGGAACUAAUUAUCUGA